AUGGCCUCCCUUCGCUCCAUCGGGAUCCACAAGCCCGCCGCCUGGCAGUAUCUGGUGCAAGAGUCGAUACUGACCGACGAUAGCAGUCCCCGCGAGUAUUGCUGGCAAACAUACGCCGACGACGACGGCCCGCCCGACGAGCUCGUCACCACCAAGCACCAUGUCGUCUGGGCCCGCGGCGGCGUGGUGCGCAAGGCAUUCAGCUUCGAGGUGGAGAAAGAGCAGGUCAAGCACGCCCUGUUGACGUGGUUCGUGGUCGACGAGCCCUCGCAUGGCCCCUCACAUAGUUCCAAGAGCACGACAGCACCCAAUGCCGCGCCCCUCUCGCAGAGCUUCCUCACCCAGGGCACCCAGCCGGCCACGGAUCCCACCGCGCCCGUCAAUCCUGCGCCCGCGACAGUAGAGGUCCGGUCGCGCGCCCUCGUCGUCUUCCUCAAGUCGCAGGCCCACGUCUUCUUCCUCUCCGGCACAACCCACGUCGUCAACCUCCCGUUCGAGGUGGAAAAGGCGUUUCCCGCCGCACGAGGCGUCCUGGUACAGAGGAGGCUUGCGCCUCUGCCUCCUGCGCCGCCCACGCCGCCGCUGCCUUCAGCCCCGCCAUCCUCGUUCCUCACAGCCAACCAGUCGUUCCUCUCGCAGCACCUCUCCUUCUCCCAGAACCCGUCUCAGCCACAUCGCCGCAAUGUCUCGUCCAUUGGCACCUCACGCCAUGGCACCUCGCGCUUGUCGACUGCCACCAUGUUUCUCGACGACAUGAUAAACCCCUCUGUGCCUGUGAACCCAGAGGCGAUACCUAGAUUGUAUUCCUUCACAGAUCCGCUGUCAGAGCUUGGACUGGUGGUCACGGUGGUCUCGGGCGGGCAUCGUAAUAGCCUGUUGAUGACCAACGGCUCUGUUCAUCGGAGACUCGAGGCCAUUGAUAACGCCGAGGACAUCAUAUACGUAUCUCCGCAGAAUGAGCUUCUCUUUGAUCGCACGGGCAAUGAUAAGCCCCUUCUCCUAGUAGUCACUGCGAACCACGAGACGAAUGUAUUUACCAUCUGGUCUGCGGCCUACCUUGAGCCAAAAUCUAUAUCCACUUCUCGCAAACAACACGUUCCCCUGCCCAUAAGCAAGUCGCGAAGGCGUAGCUCCCAAGGUGCCACGGCGCCGGGCACGGGGGCAACGACACCUGCACUUCGUAGCGCUGACAGACUGAGAGAGAGCUUUGGUACAGCACCGCGGAGCAAGACUCAGCCGCCGUCGUUCAAGAUCACGGCCAAAGAGCGUCUAUCUGACCAGGCAGUAGACGACGCGCUUGCCUCGCAGCUUAACCCCGACUCUGAUAUUGCGCGCCAGCCAAAGGAGUCGAGACGUGUGAGCUCACUGCUCUCGCGGGCUGAGCUUUCCACCAGCUUCGACAGAAGUGCCUUUCAGGACAAGGCAACAUCUCGCAACAGUCUGGGCGGCAGCUUCUCCACCAGCUUCAACGCAAGCCAGCGAAGUCGGCAUUCGCUGGGUCGCGAUCGGACAAGCUUUGGCGGCCUUUCGCAGUCACAUAAUCGAGCGUCUACUCCUGGAAGCGUCACAUCGCGAAUGAGUCUGGGUGCUGUGUCAAUUGACGAUACUUUGGACGAUGUCAUGGACGAGGAUACUUUUGAUACUAUCGAAGACUACGACGAGCUUGAUGAUCUAUUUGCGCCCCCUGAUACCAAAGGUGGACCUCGGCCGGGCGAUGGACUUCACAAAGAAUUAAUUGUUAGUGCAAUCGCCGAAAUCCCGGUUACGCAAAAUCUGAAGAGUGGGCUGUUUGCCCUAGGGAAUCCUUCAGAGCCGCCGGGGCAAAUCCAACCCGAGGUGCUUACACUCAACGCGCCCUUCAACUCAGCGACGCUUCACGAGCGAAAACUGUACAUGUAUAUAUCACACCCAUCAUUACAGCAUCCUCUCGAGUGUGAGCUGGCAGUGACACGGAAACGACUAUCCCCUUCAGCAUCAGCAACGCAAUCAGGAUCCAACAGCGCUGCUCCUAGGUACGCAUGCGUUCCUAGAUUUGUCAGCAGCCGGGAGCUUGAGGGCACAUUGGACCUAGCAAAGCUUCGUGACGGCCACGUUGAACGCGUUGUCCAUCUCAUCUCAACUAAUCCCCAGGAAAAUUGCUUGUCAUUGAAUGCGGGAUGGGGUACGCAUCUACCAAUGAAAUACAGCCUGGGUCCAUUGAAGUUGCACAACCCGUAUGCAAUACUGCAUUACCAGCAGAACAGAUCGACUGCAGGAUCAAAACGUACCAUCAAGGCUAAUCGACCUCUGCAGCAGCUAUUGUCUGUUGGAGAAGGUGGAAGGCUCGAUGUCAUGGACGGCGAACACUGCAGACACCGCGUGGUCCUGCGUCUGUCCCCCUCCGACCACUAUGUGGCAGAGCUCUUCCGGGUGUUAUUGACAGUCCUGCCCAAUUAUAUUGGAGAUUUCCUUUUAGAGAUAUGGUGGCACAUUCGCAAGUCCUUGUCCGAGGAGGGAUCUGAAAAUAUCACGGCAGACUGGACGGCUUUCGUUGCGGCUCUGUUCACUCUUGCUGUCCCUUUUAUUGACGAGAAGAAGACUAAAGUCAAAACACGUGCAAAGAGUGCUCAACGAACGAGUUCAGGCCGCCCAUCCAGCCGGGCCAAGCCAGAUGAAAUGUCACAUGAUGCAGACUCGGCAUGGCGCCUCAUGUGCAAUCGUCAGUCUUCAAGAACUCAUGCGAGGAGUUGGGAAUCGUCAGCCUGGGGUUGGGCGCUGCGUUCGAGCUCCAUGUCAACGACAAUGAGCACACCAGGAAAAGCUUCAUCUACGCAAGAGCAGCUGCCAUCAAUCGCCGAACAGAUCAAAGUCAAGGAUGACACAAUUCCCACCUGUCUUGAGAUUGCACGCCGUUAUAUUCAGUUACCGAUUGGCAAAGCGACCAGCGAUCACUGGAGGCGGCUGUCCCCUUCAGAAAAGCAAGAUCUCCGCAUCUCAUCUCUCUCCGAGAUUGUUGUUUCGCUGCAUCUCUUCCGCGAAGAACGCAAGCUGAACACGCUGUGCCAUGACUUUUCUGGGAUCCAACCUGGCAAUCUUGCACCCGUUCUGGCACAAAUCAGUCAUUGGUUGCGCUGGGAUGCCUGGGACUGGAAACAAGGAGGCUUCUUCGACUUUGACGGCGGCUCAAGCCACGAUUGGGCCUAUGAAGAGUCCAUGCUGACGAGUAAAGUUCGCCUACAUGGUCAGCCAUGGGAUGCACCUCCUUCAAUCCUGGGUUGGCUCACCACUGUCACGGGAUCCCAGCACUACGCUCCAUUUCCCACUCUGGCGACGCUCAUACGCAAGUCUAAAGCGUCUCCACACUCAUCCAUCAAUAUUGAUGAGAUCAUAGCAGAUGUUACGCCACGGACGGUGGCACUACAUAGGUUCUUUCGCGACAUAGAACCUGCUUCUAGUCCCAGGCGUGUAGUUGAGCUGAUCCAGAGGUGUGACAUCAAAUCUGACAUGCUGGCCACAUUACCGGAAGCUGCCAAAGCACCGCUAAUGGAAGCAAUUACAAGAUGCCAGGCGAACCCGCCAACAACAUGGUCAAGUUCAUUGCUCAAGCUUGUGCAACGCGAAGAUCUCGAUCUCAGCCAUACCCCAACUGGUGAUGCUAUGCAUGACAGCCAUCUUCAUUCGUCCGGUGGCUCCCUGCAUGCGCCUGGUACUACGCGCGAUGUACACACUAUAUGCCAGGGCGCUGAUCGCAUGGAACCCAUUCAGUCGACAUCUGAAGUUGAUCGUCACUACAUUACGCGUCUAAUUUUCCGCGAGGACAGACGCUUCAUGGAGGCUUACACACUUCUUGAGCCUUUACGGCAGACUGUUGCAGAAUACAAGGCCGAUAACAGGCAAGACGACGCAGCAAUGCUCGAGGGUCAGAAAGCCCUCAUGCAAUGGGUGAUGGUCCGCACCUUUUCCCUACCAGUGGGCAGCUCCAUGAUCAAAUUUAGCAGCAAGAAGCCUCUGCUGACAGAGAAAUAUCCUCUGUAUGGCUUCUCGACAUCCUGUCUCAUGAAGCCAAUGGGUAACGUCAUCACAGCCGAACGGCAAAACUACUCGGAGGAAAAGUACUUUUGGGCAUUCUUCAACGCAGGCGCUGCAGCUGGACUUGGCAUCUCGCGAGAUGCCCAGGGCAUCGACACUUCUUGGAUCAUGUAUAACAAGCCCGCCGAGCUAACGAACAAACAUGCUGGCCUUUUGCUUGGACUAGGCUUGAACGGACAUCUGAGAACGAUUGCCAAAUGGCUGUCGUUCAAGUACCUUACACCAAAACACACCAUGACCUCAGUAGGCCUACUGCUAGGCCUGGCUGCUUCGUUUAUGGGCACAAUGGAUACACUCGUCACACGACUACUUUCGGUCCACGUUACGAGAAUGCUGCCAGCAGGGGCUGCUGAGCUGAACCUAUCUCCGUACACACAGACUACUGGCUUGAUGGGUAUCGGCUUGCUUUAUUACAAUACCCAACACCGUCGCAUGAGCGAGGUUAUGCUUUCGGAAAUUGAGCACGUAGAGGUGCCAGACCCCUCUGAACCGCCGGAUACUCUGCGAGAUGAAGCAUAUAGAUUGUCUGCCGGUUUUGCGCUAGGCUUCAUCAACCUGGGCAAGGGCAAAGAUCUCCGAGGUCUGCACGACAUGCGCAUCGUUGAGCGCCUCAUGACAGUCGCCGUCGCACCCAAGCCAGUCAAUGUCGUCUAUAUUCUCGACCAGGCCACCGCUGGAGCGGUCAUCGCCGUCACUCUAAUCUUCAUGAAAACCCACGACCAAAGCGUAGCUCGCAAGAUCGACAUUCCAGACACACUGCCGCAGUUCGAUUAUGUCCGUCCCGAUAUUUUCCUACUUCGCACUCUUGCCAAGCAUCUUAUCAUGUGGGAUAACAUUGAAGCGUCGGAUUCCUGGAUCAUCAGGAACUUGCCCGUUGAGUACCGUGAGGCCUACGAUCUUAAAGGCAUUACGCGACUACGGAGCGAACAGAUGCCUUUCUACAACAUCCUCGCAGGCCUGCUGUGGAGCGUGAGCCUCAAGCAUGCUGGUACCGGGGAUACACAUGUACGAGACUUCUUGGUCAAGUAUCUGGACCAGUUCGUUCGAAUCAACAAGCUUCCAGCCGUGCGAUACGAUGCCAAACUGUCCAAGAAUACGGUGCGGAAUUGCCAGGAUCUCAUUGCAUUGGCCGCUGCGACUGUCAUGGCUGGUACGGGCGACCUUGAUGUCUUCCGUCGUCUUCGCGGUUUGCAUGGACGGAUUGGUCCGGACAUACCAUAUGGAUCUCACCUCGCAGCGCACAUGGCUUUUGGGGCUUUAUUCAUCGCAGGCGGCACGCAAACAUUCAGUCGCAGCAACAAAGCCAUAGCGAGUCUGAUAUGCGCCUUCUACCCACUAUUCCCAUCUGAUGUCCAAGACUCAAAAGCACAUCUACAAGCCUUCCGCCACUUCUGGGUCCUGGCCGCUGAAUCGCGAUGCCUCGUAGUGCGCGACGUAGACACUGGGCGUGCGAUUUCCAUGCCCAUAACCGUGCAUCUAAAGUCACCUCUUGCAGACGGCAGCACGACAAAAUCACUCACGGCACCCUGCCUCCUCCCCGAACUCGGCUUGAUCAGCAAACUAGAAACCGCCGACCAAACCUACUGGCCCACAACCCUCGACUUCCUUAACAACACACUGCACCUCAAGAGCUUCGAAAGAAACCAAACGCUCCAUGUACGCCGCCGCUCCGCACACGACACAUACUUGACAGCCUUCAGCUCCACGCUCGUGGCCCUCAACGACGCCCAGUCGUCGCGCACAUCGCAGCUCGUCUUCCACUGGCUCUUCACGCUGCCCGCGCUUUCAAACUACGUCAGCGCCUCCGACGCAGGCCUCAUCCUGCCCCUCGACCAGCACUCCAAGUCAUGGCUCGACCCCGGUGCCACGGUCGUCGAGUCCCGCCUCGUGCUCGCGCGCCUGGCGCAAAGCUGCAAGGUCGAGGACCUCAGGGAUCUCAAGGGCGUAUUUGAAUGGGCCCUCGUCGCGUGUAGGCGCGACGGCAAGUUGAGGUGGCUGGGGCGCGAGGUCGUUGAGAGAAUCAAGGCUGCGGUCAUGGAGAGGGGGAGACGUAUGGGUGCUGCUACUACUCCUGCUGCAUAG